AUGAAGCCAAUUGACCAGAAUGGCAAAUGUGUUAUGCGGGGUUCGUGUGGAAAGAAGGGGUUCUUUGGCAAGCCGUUACCUUGUCCUUACGACGGCCCACCAGUAGAGCUCAAACGUUCUGCACGCAAACUACUCCAAGAUGUCUGUGGUCCAGAACUCACAGAAGGCCCUACAUGUUGCAGCGAAGAUCAAAUAGAGACGCUGCAACAGAACUUUGAACAGGUCGAACCCCUUCUAUCAACAUGUCCAGCAUGUCGAAACAAUUUCCGCACCUUUUUCUGCACAUUCACCUGUUCACCACAGCAAAGUACUUUCCUAAAUAUCACUUCCACCCAGGAAAUGUCAGGCGGAAAGAUAGCUGUUGCAUCACUUGACUUCUUUGUAGAGGAGCAGUACGGGAAGGGUUUCUUUGACAGCUGCAAGAACGUUCAAUAUGGAAAUACGAAUGGCUACAUCAUGGAUAUCAUUGGCGGUGGGGCAACGGAAUAUUCGGCCUUCCUCGAGUCAUUGGGGGAGGAGAAGCCGCUUGGAAGCCCCUUCCAGAUAGACUUUCCACUUAGUUCUCCACCGGACAUUCAGCAGCUCAACAAAACAGCUCGUAACUGUGCAGACAAUGACCUUUCCAGUCGUUGUACUUGCAUCGACUGUCCCAGUGUUUGCCCGAUCAUCGCCCCUGUACUACCGCCCAACGAAAUUCCCACCUGUCAAGUUGGAAGCAUUACAUGCUUAUCAUUUUUUCUCAUUCUCACCUACUCUCUUGCGGUUUUGGGAUUCCUCAUUGGAUAUUAUAUUCCAACUAUACAGCGUCGACGAGAAAGAACCAACGAGCGGGUGGCGUUGUCCGUGGACGCUGCAUCGCCUCGUAUUCAUACCCGAGGACUUGUUGGUGCAGGCUCUCUUGCACAAACCCUUGAAGAUGAUUCUCUUGGUGCUCACUCCGAGUCACGCCAUCUAGGCCGUGGUGCAUCUCUUUUGGACCCCACGGAAACCGUACAACCACGGCAUUAUCGACUGAACGGUAUUCUACGACGCGUUUUUUACCGACUAGGUCUUUUCACAGCUACUUCUCCUUGGUUAACGUUCGCUAUCGUCUUCCUUGUUGUCGGCCUUCUUAAUCUUGGAUGGAAACAGUUUGAAGUGGAGACUGACCCUGUCAGAUUAUGGGUAUCACCAUCUUCGGAAAGCAAACUGCAGAAAGAAUUUUUUGACAGCAAUUUUGGUCCUUUCUACAGGACGGAGCAGAUCUUUGUUACAUCUGCGCCCGCAGCUGUGGAAGAAUCUUCAAAUGACACGGUCUCCUCUCAAGGAAUAGUUAUCGGUAACAAGGAACCCGUCCUCACUUGGGAGCAUCUCAAGUAUUGGGUCAACAUCGAAGCCGAGAUCCAGGAACUUGAAUCAAGGAGCGGAUAUACACUCCAUGAUGUAUGCUUCAAGCCCGAAGGACCGCGCGGCGCAUGUGUUGUUCAGUCGGUGGCUGCAUGGUUUGGUAACGACUUGGACAAUUAUGAUGAAGAUAACUGGUCCCGUCAGCUGAAAAGAUGUGCAGCGUCACCUGCCGACUGUUUACCUGAAUUCAAACAGCCAUUGGCCCCUCAAUACGUUCUUGGUGGAGUGCCUGUUACUGAGGAUGGUAGAAAAGAAUAUCUGCAGAGCGAGGCAAUGGUCAUUACCUACGUGGUAUCCGAUUCCUUGGAUACCAAAAUCCAAGCAAAAGCCAUGGAAUGGGAGGAAAGAUUGAGGGAAUACUUGAUCAAUCUCUCUGACAGAGCAGGAACUGAAGCCGGCUUGGAAAUCGCGUUUUCUACAGGCGUCUCUCUGGAAGAAGAAAUUAACAAGAGCACCAAUACUGACGUUAGAAUUGUAGUACUAUCGUACUUGGCGAUGUUCUUCUACGUAUCAUUGACACUAGGCAAUGGGUCUGCUAGUCGAGAAGAAGACGGUAUCGUAUCUUCUUUAAUGGAGUGGGGUCGCAACUUUCCGAAGCUGUUUUCGCGAUCAAGUAUCAUUUCAUCUUCCCUAUCGGUGGAUUCUCGAACGACACCUCGAUGGUUCCCUCGCCUACCACGGUCACUAUUCGUUGGGUCCAAGUUUACCUUAGGCUUAUUCGGCAUCUUCCUUGUCAUCCUUUCGGUUUCCACCUCAGUUGGGCUUUUCUCCCUCCUUGGAGUGAAAGUUACCCUGAUUAUCGCGGAAGUCAUACCGUUUUUAGUGCUUGCUGUUGGUGUCGACAAUGUUUUUAUUUUAGUUCAUGAACUUGACCGCCAGAAUUUCCUUCACGGACCCAAUGCUUCCGCACAAACACAAGUUCCAGGGUACGCUGCCCCAAUGUCGCCGACCUAUUCGCACAGAUCACCCUUUGACUCGACGCACAAUGAGAUCGAUGUAGGGUCAAUGCCACUAUACCUGAUCCCAGAAGAACGUGUUGCACGGACACUGGCAAAGAUGGGCCCGUCGAUAUUACUGAGCACUAUCACAGAAACGCUGGCAUUUGCUCUUGGAGCCCUUGUUCCAAUGCCGGCCGUCCGUAACUUUGCGCUCUACGCUGCUGGUAGCGUCCUGUUGAAUGCUAUUCUUCAAGUGACCGUGUUUAUGAGCGCUCUACUAUUGGAUCUCAAGAGAUACGAGGACAGUCGAGUUGACUGCUUCCCGUGUAUCCGACUGCCAUCUCGAAUUGCCUUGUUGGAUAUGCCCAAUACUGGUAGCGGCUUGGGGUCAAUUGCUCGUUUCAUUCGCCGAUAUUAUGCCCCUUUCCUGUUGAAACCUUUCACUAAAGCUGCGGUGUUGAUAACAUUCUCUGGUGUUUUUGUUGCAUCUAUAAUUUCAAUGCAACACAUUCAGCUUGGUUUGGAUCAACGACUGGCACUCCCAUCUGAGUCAUAUUUGGUCAAUUACUUUGACAACCUUGAUGCAUAUUUGGACAUUGGUCCUCCAGUCUACUUUGUCUCCAAGGAUGUCGACGUGACUCAGCGUGAUGGUCAGAGAGCUCUUUGUGGAAGAUUUACGACAUGCAACGACUUUUCAUUGGCAAACAGGCUGGAGGCAGAAAGGAAGCGACCGGAGUCAUCCUUUGUUGCGGAGCCAACGGCUUCUUGGAUUGACGAUUUCUUUGGCUGGCUCAACCCCAGUAUUACAUCAUGCUGUCGUGUUCGCAUAGAUGACCCUUCUGUAUUCUGCAGGCCUCGCGAUGACGACGACGACUGCCAGCCAUGCUACCUUGGCAAAGAACCGGGAUGGAACAUUACUCUGGACGGUUUACCUGAGAACGAAGAAUUCAUGAGAUACUUCAAACAAUGGCGUAAUUCUCCUACCGACGAGGAUUGCCCAUUAGGAGGCAAGGCGUCCUUUGCCUCUGCAAUCUCUCUCAACGAACUCGGCAACAAGGUCGACGCUUCACAUUUCCGUACUUUCCAUUCGCCUCUGAAGACCCAGGAAGACUUUAUCAACGCGUUUGCCGCGGCACAUAGAAUCGCGGAUGAGAUUUCAGCCGACACAGGUACUACCGUAUUCCCAUAUUCUCUUUUCUACGUCUUUUUCGAUCAGUAUGCGCAUAUUGUCGCCAUUACCCAAGAAAUAUUGGGUUUGGGUCUCGCUGCCGUACUCAUCGUCACAGCCCUACUUUUGGGAUCCUGGAGGACAGGUGUUAUUGUUACAGGCGUUGUUUCUCUGACGGUGGUUACUGUAAUGGGUGUCAUGUCCAUUUGGGGCAUCAGUUUGAAUGCUAUCAGUCUCGUCAACUUGGUCAUCUCUUUAGGCAUAGCCGUCGAAUUUUGUGCGCAUGUUGCCAGGGCUUUUAUGAGUGCUGGAACUGGAUUUCCCGUUGACCAUCCGUCUGGUCAGAAAGAGCGCGACGAAAGGAUGUGGACAGCUUUGGUGGAUGUAGGGCCUUCCGUUCUCUCCGGUAUCACUUUCACAAAAUUAAUAGGGAUGUCGGUACUUGCUCUCACGCGAUCCAAGCUUUUGGAGAUUUAUUACUUCAGGAUGUGGUUAACUUUGAUUAUUUCGGGCGCUUUGCAUGGACUGGUUCUUUUACCAGUAGUGCUGAGCAUUGCAGGUGGGGCGGGAUUUCCGCAACAGGAGGCAGACGAAGAAUGGAUGUCGAAUGCCAUUCGCAAUGAUUAUGAAUAUACACCAUUUUUAGCGGAUGAUGAUUCCAUCGUCAGCGACUAG